AUGUCGGAAAAGAAACAAGAUGGUGAUCUCGACUACGAGAAGACUGAUGUCCUUCAUGACGAUAUGCCGGUUGAGUUGGCACCUGCGAUAAUUGCAAACGAAAUCGCCCAUGAAGUUGAGAACCACAAGUUUUCGCCAUGGACAAAGUCUAUGUUUCAUCUCUACGCUGUUCUUUUCGUUGCCUACUGCUGUGGCUGCCUCAACGGAUACGAUGGUAGUUUGAUGGGUGGUCUCAAUGGUAUGACGUCUUAUCAGCGCACCUUCAACAUGAAAUCCUCUGGUUCAGACACCGGUAUUGUGUUCAUGAUCUACAAUGUCGGCAGUGUUGCCGCGGCGCCUACUGUCCCAUUCACUACCGAUCUUAUUGGCCGUCGAGCUGGCAUGUUCACUGGCGCUGUUAUCAUCAUUAUCGGUACUUGUAUCCAGGCAACGGCAAAGUCAAUGGCUCAGUUCAUGGGUGGUCGCUUCAUGCUUGGAUUUGGUGUUUCUUACUGCUGUAUCGCUGCCCCGACUUAUGUCAGCGAGCUUGCUCAUCCCAAGUGGAGAGGCACACUCACAGGCUUUUACAACUGCAUGUGGCCUGUUGGAGCAAUCAUCGCCGGCUGGGUAGUUUACGGUAGCGCAGACAUCGAAGGCGAUGACGGCUGGAGAGUUCCCGUUUGGAUUCAACUCGUGACGUCUGGAAUUGUUGCCAUCUGCGUUUUCUUCCUCCCCGAAUCACCCCGAUGGCUAAUCGCCAACGACAAGCAUGAAGAAGCCGCUGCUAUCCUUGCCAAGUUCCACGGUGAGGGUUCCGUUGAUCACCCAAUCGUUCAACUUCAGAUGAAGGAGAUGAUGGCCCAAAUCUCUGUUGAAGCAUCAGACAAGCGAUGGUGGGAUUACCGUGAGCUUUGGGGCUCACACAACGACCGUCGACGACUUAUCUGCGUUGUUGGAAUGGCCAUUAUGGGUCAAGCAUCUGGCAACUCACUUUCAAGUUACUACCUGGUCACCAUGAUGAACACUGCUGGAAUCACAGACGAAAAGAAGGUCCUUGCUCUCAAUGCUACCAACAGUGUUCUAGGUCUGAUCGGCUCUCUUAUCGGUGCCCGCCUAACAGACAAGGCCGGCCGUCGACCUCUUCUUCUCUACAGCAUUGUUACAUGUUCAGCCAUUUUCGCAGUCAUUACCGGAACUUCCAAAAUGGCCGUCGACGACAAAUCGAACACUAACGCCGCCAACACCACUAUUGCCUUUGUUUUCCUUUUCGGUGUUGUGUUUUCACUCGGAUGGACUGCUCAGCAAAGCAUGUACAUUGCCGAGACUCUGCGAACCUCUACCCGGGCCAAAGGAACAGCUCUUGGAAAUUUUGCGUCCAGCUGUAUUUCUCUUGUGCUGGCUUACUCUUCUGGACCUGCGUUUGAGAAGAUUGGCUACUACUUCUACCUUGUCUUUGUGUUUUGGGAUCUGUUAGAGGCGGUCUUUAUCUUUUUCUUUUUCCCUGAGACCAAAGAUCGAACACUGGAGGAACUCAACGAGGUUUUUGAUGCUCCUAACCCUGUUACGAAGUCUCUGGAGCCCAGAAGUGAGGAGACUGUUCGUGCUACGAUGGGUCAUGCUGGAGAGAAGGUUGUCGAUGUAUAG